UGAUGCCGUGCUCGAGCAGUAUGGACCUCAACAACAAGGCCUGCCUUUGAUAAUAAAGUUCCUAACCAGCUCUUAAAAGGGGAUCUGCGGUUCAUAACACACCGCGGUGUUGUUGAGUUCUCUCCGGCAUGGCAGCGCUCGCCGACAGCGGGGAUAAAGUGCGUGAAGCGGCGGAAACGGGGCGGCGGAUGUGAAGCGGUCCAGCCAAAUAAAUAAGAUAUGAACGCGUCUUUCUUUCUACCCAGCCUGGCAACCUCACUGAGAAGUAGAGGACGCUGCGCAGUGACGAGAUGGCAACCAUGAUUUAGAUGCAAGAAUUAUAAAAAAACCUGACAUUUUCAAAGGGAGGUUUCGUGUCGAUCGCCGGUUGGAAGUACCGAGAGGCAGCGGCGCAGCGCCCGGGCUCUGGUGCGCCGGAUCCCGCUUGCAAUCAGAUGAAGGGUCGGUGGUUGCUGGGCCGUAUGGAAGUCCGUCGUCCAUGAUUGAGGGGCUACUUCAGGGAUAUUUUCUGCAUGCAGAAGGGGUUGAACACGACGUAGCAGAGGUCUCCAACCUCCCUCCACCCUUCUCCUCCCUGUGGAUCACUGGAACGCCCUGUCAUCAACCCUUCCUCCUCUGGAAAGCACCAGUGGAAUGAUUUCCGGUUCCUUAGCUCCUCAUGUCUCUCUGCCCAUCUCCUGAAUCCAUCCCUUUCCUUAGUCAUAAUGGAUACCUGGAUGAUUUAUAAAGUGCUCUAGUGCUCUCGAGCAAGGCACCAUGGACAUGUUUCCUACAGUGUCACAAAGGUUGAACCUUGAACAUUCACAGUGGGAGUGUGAUAUCAGUGAAUGAUUUAAAAGUGCAAAUAUAGAGUCAUAAGAGGUUCAGUGAUGCUUCAAACUGCCUUCUGGAGUGACGACUAGUUCCUCCUGGGAACUCUGAAGUGCCUUGCCCAAGGGAACGGCAGCAGGGCCAAAGAAAUGUACAGCAAGGAAACCAAAAUCCAAUAGUUUUUGAGAUUUUCUAAGAUUACAUCACUCUCCAUCUUAACCUCCAUCUUCAUUUCUUCUUCUUCUUUGGUGCGUUCAAGCUAAAGGCACUAGGGGUCUCCUCCCUUCCUUUCCUCUUCCCUAACCUCCUUCUCUCUCCCUCUUUUUUUUUUCUUUGGCGCACCCACCUGGCCUCCACCAUUCGCCCCUCCCUCGCUACAGCUGUCCUCCCCCCUCGCCCCCGCCCCCAGCCAUCCCCCCCCUCCCCAUCCCUCACCUCUGCCUCCACCUCUGCCCCCUCCUCCCCCCACCACCACCACCAUCACCACCACCACCCUCAGUCACACUCCCAUCACCACCAUCACCACCACCAACUUUCCUCCUCUCCCCCUCGCUUUUCGCCCCCUCCCUUCACUUCCUCCACCUCUUCUGCGGUAACUAUGGCAAUGGCUGCCACUGCCUCCUCCUCCUCCUCAUCCACGUCCUCCCCGUCUACAGCAAAUGGCAGCGCCAGAGAGCACUUGCUGGCGGUGCGUCGCCGCACCCCACACUCAAGGCCAUACACGAUAGGGUCCGAUAACCUCCGCAGCCUGUCGGUGCACGGACCAGUCGGCGCAUCCAAUUCUGCGUCAUCUUCCUCGACUAUGUCGUCAGGGAACCAACAGGAGGCGGCGGUGGGACUCCAGCGGGCCAAUAGCGACACAGACCUGGUGACAUCAGAUAGCCGCUCGUCGCUCACAGCGUCUACGUACCAGCUGACCCUCGGGCACAGCCACCUGGUCAUCUCCUGGGACAUCAAGGAGGAAGUGGAUGCCACCGACUGGAUCGGCCUGUACCACAUCGAUGAGACGUGUGUGGCCAAUGUGUGGGACUCCAAGAACCGGGGCGUGAACGGCACCCAGAAGGGACAGAUCGUGUGGAGGCUGGAGCCGGGACCCUACUUCAUGGAGCCGGAGACAAAGGUCUGCUUUAAAUACUAUCAUGGUGUUAGUGGAGCACUAAGAGCAACAACACCCUGUAUCACCGUCAAGAACCCUGGAGUGCUGGUUGGCAGUGAAGGCCGAGGUGAGGACCAAUCAGGGACUGAGCACUGUAGGAAACUAGUCAGCUUCACCCUAUCAGACAUACGCGCUGUAGGCCUCAAGAAGGGAAUGUUCUUUAACCCUGAUCCCUACCUGAAGAUGUCCAUCAAACCCGGGAAGAGGAGCGGCCUUCCCAAGUUCACCCACCACGGCCAGGAAAGACGCUCUUCUAUCAUAGCCAACACCAUCAACCCUGUGUGGCACAGUGAGAAAUAUACCUUUGUGGCUCUGAUGACUGACGUGUUGGAGAUCGAGGUGAAGGAUAAGUUUGCCAAGAGCCGACCAAUCAUCAAGCGGUUUCUGGGUCAGCUGAUCAUCCCUGUGCAGAGACUUCUGGAGGGGCCGACAGCUGACGAUCAGCCAGUCAGCUACAGCCUGUGUCGUCGUCUCCCUACGGACCAUGUGAGCGGGCAGCUAUUGUUCAGAGUGGAUCUCACCUCCACAGGACAAGAAGAAGCUUCCCCAGACGCCGGUGGGAGUAUCCUGGGUGGCACAGUGAACGGUGACCCGGGCAGCCCCUCCGACGAUGAAGACCUCCCUCACCAGUCCUCACGCGUCACAUGUGGCGCUUCCCCCACAGGGUCUGACGAGGGCUCCUUGUUAGUCAACGGAGCUUGUUACUAUGGUGAGGACAGUGUGUGGCGGGAACCUGGGCAGAUUGGGGAGGAGGACCUGCUUCCUUUGGCUGUAGGGGGCCACACCCAUCGGCAGGUGUCGCUAAACGACUACCUGGACGCCAUCGAGUCUCCCAGAAGCCCUGGUGAGCGGCCUCUGGCGGCGCCUUCGCCAAAACUUCGCUCAAGCUUUCCGACGGACACUCGCCUCAACGCCAUGCUGCAUAUAGACUCUGAUGAGGAUGAGGAGACAGCGGGGCAGCACAGGGAGCCGUCACAGGAGGCGAGAACGCAACAGAGUUCAGGCUCAUCAAGUAGAUCAGAGACAUCCGACUCUCAGCAGGGGAGCCAGGGGUCAAAAGCAGAGCUCACUCGAGCUGGAGCAACAGAGGCAAGUUCCUCUGCUUGUGCUCAGCCUGGACCUGAGCCUGCUUCGGCUGAUCCCGGAGCUGCAGAGGGGGCCAAUGGAGUCCAAACACCAGCAGCUUCUGAGGCUACGACUGGAACCAGAGAGGUCGCCAUGCCCACAAACAUCAAUGCAGAAAUGUGUGCAGCUUCCAGCUCCUCUGAGGCAUCAGGAGCCGGAGCAGCAGCCGGAGCAGCAGCCGAGCCGGGGGAGUCUGUGGGGGAGUGUACCUGUCAAGAGCUGAGCAACAGGAUGGGUGCAAACCUGGAUAUACCCUACAAUCCUACACUUGGUCCCCUUUCACCCAUUCAGGAGGUGGAUACAGGAAAAGAAGUGGCUCCAAAGGCAGAGGAGGAAGGGGCGGAGUCAUCAAGCAGCGAGGCUAACGGGCCGAUAGCAGCAGAUGCUUCCACCAGCAGCAUUGUUGCUGACCAGGGAGGCGGGGCUUCUGAAGCUGGAGGGGGAGCCAGUGGCGGGGCGGAUCAGGAGAGAGAGGAGGAGGGAGGCGAGGUCUGGAUGAGGAGGCAGUCCAUGCAGGCGUCAGGGGGCGUGCCCCAAAACCUGGAGAUGGGCGGGGCCAGAGAGAGUGUGAAUGGAGCGGCAGGGGCUGAGAGAGAGACAGGUGCCACAGCUCAGGUGAAUGGUCAUCUGUCAGUUCGGUCCCUGCCAUCCAUCCGCCAUGACAUCAGUCGUUACCAGAGGGUGGACGAGCCACUACCUCCUAACUGGGAGGCUCGUAUAGACAGUCACGGACGGAUCUUUUAUGUCGACCAUGUGAACAGAACCACAACUUGGCAGCGUCCCACCGCUCCCCCUGCCCUGCAGACCCUCCAGAGGUCCAACUCCAUCCAGCAGAUGGAGCAGCUGAACCGCAGGUAUCAGAGUAUACGGAGGACUAUAACCAAUGACAGCAGACCAGAGGAGCCGCCAGCCAAUGAGCUGUCGACGGACGAGACUGACAUGCAACCUUCCAUGCCAGAGCUGCGUAGGGAGAGCAGUGUGACUCAGUCAGGUUCCAGGUCUCGUCUGUCGUUGCUGCUCCAGUCUCCCAGCGCCAAGUUCCUCACCAGCCCCGAGUUCUUCACUGUGCUGCAUUCCAACCCUAGUGCCUACCGUAUGUUCACCACCAACACGUGUCUGAAGCAUAUGAUCAGUAAGGUUCGUCGGGAUGCUCACCACUAUGAGCGCUAUCAGCACAACAGGGACCUGGUGGCCUUCUUCAACAUGUUCGCUAACAAACAGCUGGAGCUGCCCAGAGGCUGGGAGAUGAAGCACGACCACACCGGCAAGCCUUUCUUCGUGGACCAUAACUGCCGCGCCACCACCUUCAUCGACCCCCGGCUGCCUGUCCAGAGCACACGACCCCCGAGCCUCCUCGCUCACCGCCAACACCUGACCCGCCAACGCAGCCACAGCGCCGGGGAGGUCAGCCCACGACGACUGGUGGGUGAAGACCCUCGACACGCUGGCCCACCUGUCCUGCCACGGCCUUCCAGCACCUUCUCCUCCGCCAGCAGGGGGCAGUGUCAAGAUGUGGUACCAGUUGCUUACAACGACAAGAUUGUGGCGUUUCUACGACAACCGAACAUCUUUGAGAUUUUGCAGGAGAGACAGCCCGACAUCAACCGGAAUCAUUCACUCAGGGAGAAGGUGCAGCUCAUCCGCACAGAUGGAGGGUCGGGAUUGGCCAGGCUGUCAGGUGAUGCUGACCUCGUCAUGCUGCUAAGUCUGUUUGAAGAUGAAGUAAUGUCCUACGUGCCUCCUCACGCCUUACUUCACCCCAGCUACUGUCAGUCACCUCGAGGCUCACCCGUCUCCUCCCCACAGAACUCGCCUGGCACUCAGAGAGCUAACGCCAGAGCUCCAGCACCCUACAAGAGAGACUUUGAAGCCAAACUGCGCAACUUCUACAGGAAACUGGAAACUAAAGGCUACGGCCAGGGACCGGGGAAGCUAAAGUUGAUCAUCCGUCGCGACCACUUGUUGGAAGAUGCCUUCAACCAGAUCAUGUGUUAUUCCCGUAAAGACCUGCAGCGCAGCAAGCUCUACGUCAGCUUUGUGGGGGAGGAGGGGUUGGACUACAGCGGGCCUUCCAGAGAGUUCUUCUUCCUGGUUUCUAGGGAGCUUUUCAACCCUUAUUAUGGUCUGUUUGAGUACUCCGCCAACGACACCUACACCGUCCAGAUCAGCCCCAUGUCGGCCUUCGUAGACAAUCACCACGAAUGGUUUCGGUUCAGUGGUCGUAUUCUGGGUUUGGCUCUGAUCCAUCAGUACCUCCUGGAUGCCUUCUUCACCAGACCCUUUUAUAAAGGCCUGCUGCGAAUUCCCUGUGACCUGAGCGACCUCGAGUAUCUAGACGAAGAGUUUCAUCAGUCUCUUCAGUGGAUGAAAGACAACGACAUAGAAGACAUGCUGGACCUCACCUUCACCGUCAAUGAGGAAGUCUUUGGACAGAUAACAGAAAGAGAGCUGAAGCCCGGCGGAGCCAACAUCCCCGUCUCUGAGAAGAACAAGAAGGAGUACAUCGAGCGGAUGGUGAAGUGGAGGAUAGAGAGAGGGGUGGUGCAGCAGACGGAGAGCCUGGUCAGAGGUUUUUAUGAGGUGGUGGAUGCCAGGCUGGUGUCUGUGUUUGAUGCCAGAGAGCUGGAGCUGGUGAUCGCCGGCACAGCGGAGAUCGAUUUAUCAGACUGGAGGAACAACACAGAGUACAGAGGAGGUUAUCACGACAACCACAUUGUGAUCCGGUGGUUCUGGGCGGCGGUGGAGAGGUUCAACAAUGAGCAGAGACUACGCCUCCUGCAGUUUGUGACCGGGACGUCCAGCAUUCCUUAUGAGGGCUUUGCGUCUCUGCGAGGCAGCAAUGGACCUCGCCGGUUCUGUGUGGAGAAGUGGGGGAAGGUUACCUCACUGCCCAGAGCUCACACCUGUUUCAACCGGCUCGACCUGCCUCCGUACCCGUCCUUCUCCAUGCUGUAUGAGAAGAUGCUGACGGCCGUGGAGGAGACCAGCACCUUUGGGCUUGAAUGAGACUCUCAUCUCUCCAACCGCUCGGUUCCCAGCUCCUCCCAGUAUAAUCUUGAGAACAGCCUUGAGAACAAUCAAGCUGGAUCUAAAGUCGAUUUUCUUUUUGUUUAUAAUUCAUAGUGAGAGGCUCUAAAGACAUUUGAACCAUGAAGCUGCACUCUGACUUUUUCAAACGCCCCAUGUACAGAGGCUAACAGUUCCUUUUUGUUGCACUUGCACGUAUCGAGCACCUACUUAGUAACACACGAUUUCACCUGUGUGAUGUGACAAAUGAAGACCCAUACUGCCUUUGGGACCAGAAUCAUAACUGCCAGGAUUGGAUCAAUCGGAGGCGUUUUGUCCCCUCCACAAAGUAAAAGUUUCAAACUUGCAUCAAAGAAGAAGCAAACGCUGCUUUCACUGCAGAAGCUGAGUGGACUCAGCCUCUUGAAUUCCAGUUUGGAUGGACCUGUGAGGACCACCAGGCCCACCCACAACUGCAUUGCAGUGCAGCGUCUCCAUGUGGCCUGUUGUAGUAACUGCACUAGUGUCACUAGUGCAUUUGUUUCUCAAAGCCUUUUGAGGAAGCUACUUUGGUGGAGUUUGUGCGUUUUUCCAGUGAACUUGUUCCGAACCCGAACAGAAGCUUUGGUAUUGUUGUUACAGUAUUUUCUUCGAUAAGAAAAACGUGGUUUUCUAAUGAUGUGGCAGUGACAUGUUGUGAUUUGAAUGUACCUAACUUUAUGAUGUUGAAAGUGUGAGAAUCAGUUUGAAUAAGAAAAUGAAGUUACAGUGUGUAACUGUAUCCACUGACUUUGUAUUUGAUUGAUUUGAAAACAGCUUUGACCCAGGACUAUUUUCUCCAGUUUCCUUUCCUUUACACACAGUAGGUGUAGAUUGAAGUUAAUAAUUGUACAUCUGAACAAACAAACUAAAUGAAACGUACACACACCAGUGGGGGAUACAGAGACUUUACAUCCUUGGCAGCCAGAAGAGGAGGGGAGGCAAGAGAUCAAAAAACCUCAAUCCUUUCCAAUCUAUCAAUCUGCCACCCACUCCCAGGUCAGAAACCCCAAGUCACACAAAGCUCGUCUACAGCUCCUGUGUCAAAACGAAAAAGAUUUUCAGUUGCCAGUUUGAGAAAAGAAAAUUGUAUCUUGAGAUUUCAAUCAUUCAUCUUCUAGUAUGAAUAAGUCUCCACAGUAUAUUCCUUGUUAAACUAAUACUUUUUUUUUCAUUGUUAUGAGCAUUGUUCACCCUCCACACUUUGACGAGAAGAUCUGAAUGAUGCAGGGUUUUCUCCUUUGCUACUUUUGAACCUGUGAUGUUGGCCACUGGUGUAUAUGUGAGGCUAACUUUGAUGACACAUGCUGUAUCUUAAUCUUUCUCUUGAACUCUGACACCGUUGAAUAGUUUCCCCCUGGAUUUGCACUCGUGUUCUUUUCACGAUGAUGUGUUUUUUCAUUGAAUCACAUUGUUUGGUGACGUUAACGUGGAGUGCUCAGAACGGACAAACAGCAAAGCAUGAACAUUUUAUCGAAAAAAACAUUUGGAUAUUUUUUGGAUAUUGAGACCGUGGUUACCGUCCUCUUCACUCACACACACUCACACACCCCUUCCCCUCGCACUUUGAAUGUAAGCACGCCUUGAACUGCCACUGUCCACACAUCGGCCUAAAUCACUUAGUAAUGAAGUUCCUGAAUUAACGCCCUUGAUCGGCUUUUAAUUCACAUUUCUUUAUUCCUCCAUUUGUGACUAAAUUUCGAACAUGUGAAGAAAAAAGUGAAUUGAAUUUUGAGUUAUUUUUCAUACUUAUGAUAUACUUAAACCUUUACCAUGUUUAGAUUUGGUCAUUCUAAAUUACUAUUUUAUAACCCUGUUACAUCCAUUAAUUUGGUCUAUUCCACAAUUCUGAAUGUGAUCUUUGACUUUGACAAAAUGUAGAUUUACUCUCUGAUUAUCAGACCACUUUUUAAAGUGCUAUCAUUUUAAAUGAAUAGUUUAUGAUUUCUUCUUUCUGAGAAAAUAUCUCAAAAACCUCUCAUCGAUUUUGUCUUUGUUCUGACUUCAUUGGAUUUUUCUUUCAUUGUGUUGUAGUUUUAUUUUAGAACAACCUUUUGUCUAAUCACAGGUACUGUUGGUUUUACUAUGUUUCUUUGUGGAAAUGGGCCUCUGUAAACCAAAGUAACUAAAGACAGACUGCUUUUUUUAUGUGCAUUAACGAGACUGAUAACCUCUAGACCCCGCUUUUCAACCUUUGGAACAAAUUUUGAUAAAAUUCUGAACUUACAGUUUUUCCUGUUUACACUUUUUAGAGAAUGAACUUUAAAACAAGAUAUAAACAAACACUUUUUGGUAUUUGGUUGAAACUUGGGUAGGAACUUUUAGAUUUUAAUGUAUACACUCAGUCUAAUUCAAAUGAGAUGAAUUAUUCUGUUUGUCAUGAUUGAAUCAUUUUAUUUCCCUCACUGAAUGCACUGCCCUCUGUUUGUCUAACCAGAAUGUACCAAAGGUUUGAGCCUAAGCUGACUGCCUCACAUCUUACAAACAACCACUCUUUCUGUACAGUCCACCUCACUUUUAGAAAUGAAUGUGUCAGCACUCUUCUCCUGAAAUAAAAUGUCAUUUCUCUAUGCAA